AUGAAAAUCCCCACCAUUGCUGCUGUCUUGGGUUUGGCUGCCUUGACUUCUGCCGAAGUGUACCUCCACGAGACCUUCUCUGAUGGCGAAGGCUGGAAGGAUCGCUGGACCGUAUCCGAACAUCGCGAAGAUCUAGGCAAGAUGGCCGUGUCCACUGGUGAAUGGUAUGCCGAUGAGAACAAGAGUGCUGGUUUGCGUACCACCGAAGAUUAUCGUUUCUACGCUCUCUCGACCCCUGUCAAGCCUUUCAACACCAAGGGCAAGGAUCUUGUCAUCCAAUAUGAUGUCAAGAACGACCAAAACAUUGAUUGUGGUGGUAGCUAUCUUAAGGUGUUCUCGGACUCCUUGGAACCCAAAAACUUCCAUGGUGAAAGCGAAUACAACAUCAUGUUUGGUCCUGAUUAUUGUGGCAGCAAAGCUAUGGUCCAUGCUAUUCUCAACUACAAGGGCGUCAACCAUGACUUGAAAAAGACCGUAUCAGCACCCAAGGAUCUUCACACUCACACCUACACUCUUGUCAUCAAGCCUGAUCAAACUUACCAAGUUCUUGUUGAUGGUGAAGAAAAGGCUGCUGGCAACCUCAUUGAUGACUGGAGCUUCUUGCCACCAAAGAAGAUCAAGGAUCCCAAUGCAAAGAAGCCUGAAGAUUGGGUCGAUGAAGCUGAGAUUGAUGAUCCCGAGGAUAAGAAGCCUGAAGGUUAUGAUGACAUCCCCGAAUUUAUUCCUGAUCCCGAAGCUACCAAGCCAGAGGAUUGGGAUGAUGACAUGGAUGGUGAUUGGGAAGCUCCUUCUAUUCCAAACCCUGAUUACCAAGGUCCAUGGAAGGCUAAGCGUAUCCCCAACCCUGACUACAAGGGCCCAUGGGAACAUCCCGAGAUUGAUAACCCCGAGUACAAGGUUGACAAUGAGAUUUACGUCUACGAUAUCAACAACAUUGGUUUUGAUCUCUGGCAGGUCAAGUCCGGUACCAGCUUUGACAACAUUUUGGUGACCGAUGAUGUCGAUUAUGCCGAGAAGGUUCGCAACGAAUCUCUUGAGCUUGCUGAGAAGGAGAAGGAAGCAAAGAAGGCAUUUGACGAGAAGCCCAAGGAAGGUGAAGAGAAGAAGGAAUUCGUUGAAGAAGAAGAUAAGGAUGAGGAGAUCACCAUUGACCUUGACGCUGAGGAGGAGGAACCCAAGAAGGUUGAGGAUGAGGAAAAGGAAGAUGCCGAGGAUGCCAAGAAGCCCGUCAAGGAUGAGCUGUAA